ACGCGGUGUGUGUUUGUUCGUUUGUCACUGGUUUUCUCACUGAUUACCGGUUUUUAUUCGAAAAAUCGUAUAAAUAGUACUGUAUAAUUUGAAGAGGAUACCAUAAUAGAAUUCGGCGCUUCCAAGAUAGUUCCACUAACAACAACAUAUCAUGAGGUUUGUUUUGUUGGCCUUGGCCUUUUUGGGGGCCACAUCCGCCUUUAAGAUAGGCAGAGAUGUAAGCGAGAAAACUCAGGAAAGGAUCGAGAGCUCUAGCGCAGGAUACGAAAGCGCUGGAGUCGCCCCGACCGGAAAUGCAGCUGCUUAUGAAAGUGCGGGUGCCGGACAAUCUAACUUAUACUCUGAAGCUUAUAAUGCUGCUGGAGAAGCCGGGUCAGCGGGUCAAGCUGGAUUAGAAGCUCAAGGUGGACAAUCUGAACAAGCUGGACAAGCCGAGCAAGCUGGUCAAGCGGGCCAAGCUGGAUUCAAUAUUGAAGCCUACAAUGCUGCUCAAGCUGCACAAGCUGGACAAUCCGGGCAAGGUGGACAAGCUGGACAAGGUGGAUUCAAUAUCGAAGCCUACAAUGCUGCCCAAGCUGCACAGGCUGGACAAGCCGGACAAGGUGGACAAGCUGGACAAGCUGGAUUUAAUAUCGAAGCCUACAACGCUGCUCAAGCUGCACAAGCUGGCCAAGCUGGACAGGCUGGACAAGCUGGACAAGCUGGUCAGGCCGGAUUCAAUUACGAAGCUUACAAUGCUGGACAAGCCGGGCAAGCUGGACAAGCUGGACCUGCCGGUCAAGCCGGAUUCAAUUACGAAGCCUUCAAUGCUGCUCAAGCUGCACAAGCUGGGCAAGCGGGACAAGCCGGGCAAGCUGGACAAGCUGGUCAAGCCGGAUUUAAUUACGAAGCCUUCAAUGCUGCUCAAGCUGCACAAGCCGGGCAAGCCGGACAAACUGGACAAGCUGGAUUCAAUAUUGAAGCCUUCAAUGCUGCUCAAGCUGCCCAAGCUGGGCAAGCUGGACAAGCAGGACAAGGCCUUGCAUUAAACGCUGGUGCAGCUGGAGCUAAUGUAGAUGAGAAUAAGGUUAUCUAUGACGAAGAUUAUAAGAGUUCCAGUAUUGACACCUUCUCAACCACUGCCAGUCCAAGCACCGCUGAAAUCAACUCAGAAGCUGUAACUGUUUCUAAUCCUGGAACUAGCGGCCAAGAAUCCAAGGCCGUCGAAGCUCAAGACGAUUCAGUAAGAAUUGAAAGUGCCACUCAACUUGCCGGCGGAAACGAAGGACCAUUGGUUUAUAAUCCACAAAGUGGACCAGCUUCUCAAGCCAUCUUCGAUGCCAACCGCGUUCCAUUGAACCCAACUACUGUUCCAUUCACCAGCUCAGCUGUACCAACUCAAGCUCCAUACAACCCCUCACUAAGCGCUGCUUCUCCAACUACUCCAGCACCACCAGCAGGCUCUUAUGGACAGACCGGUUAUGCUCCAACUCUCGAACCAACAGUCGCUCCAUCUUUGGCUCCUGGAUAUCCAUCCACUCUUGCAUCAACUCAAGCAUUGCAAGGCAACUUAGGAUCAAUUGGAACAACUGCUGCUCCAGCCUUGGCUAAUGGAUUCCAAACUGCUGCCCCAGCUUUAGCUGGUGGUCUUUCAGCUUUCUCAACUGGGGCUCCUGCUUUAUCUGGCGCUUACAACGGUCUUCAAGCUACAGGAAGUCCACUCAUUUCUAAUGCGGGAUUACUAGGAUACAAUGGAGGAUUCACAACAGCUGCCCCCGCUUUUGCAGGUGGAUUGAUCAACCCUACUGGACUUCCAUACACUGCCUCAUCUUUGUCAUCAUUUGCUCCAGGAUUUGCUAAUGGAUUCUCAGCAUACAACAACCCACUUUUGGCUGGUAUUGCCCCAACAACCCUUGGCUAUUCAGGCUUCGCGGGCAAUGGAAUCUCACCAUUCAUUUCAUCUACCAUCGCUCCACAAUUUGCUGGUGGCUACUCUACCAUUGCACCACAAUUGGCUGGUCUUCAAGGCACUAUUGCUCCACAAUUGGCCGGCUUCCAAGCUACCAUUGCUCCACAACUUGCUGGUCUCCAAGGAACACUUGCUCCACAAUUCGCAAGUGGAUUGUCUGCCUACUCAUCACCCCUCCUUGGUGCCACAGCCCCAGGAUUCUCACUCGGUUAUUCCGGUUUGGGAGCACCAUUGGUCCAGAAUGCUGCCCUUUCGGCUUUAGCUGCUCCAACCGUCCCUACCAUUGGUCCAGCUACCACCACGAUUGCUCCAACCACUGUUGCCCCAGCUGCUGCCAAUGCUAAGCUUGCUACCGAAGCAAACGCUGCUGCUGCUGCCGGUGCCGCCGCCCAAACUAAGACUCGCAUUCAAGCCGCCCUCGCACAACGUCUUCAAGCGGGCCCAGCUGCUUCAGUAGCACCAAUUGCCCAGAGUUACUCUGCAUAUAGCAAUCCCGGUCUUAACAUUUUCUCUGGAUACCAACAAGGUUUGACCGGAUUCCCCAACUCUUUCGGAUUGAAUCCAUACAGUCUUGGUGUUGGAAGCUUUGGAAAUUACAACAAUCUUGGACUGAAUUUGUUUAAGAAGAAGAAGGCCGCCAAGAAGGCUUAAAGAUAGACUGUUGCGUUAGUUCAUAUAAAACGAAAUAAAAUAAUUUAAGAAUACGAAAAAGAGAAAAGUAAAUAAAAAAAUGAAAAUAAUUAAA